UUUGUGGGUGCGUGUGAGCGCGCGUUCUCAUGUCGUGCUGCUCAGUUCGCUCGAGCCAUCUGAACAAUGAGUGUGUGCGGGAUGAUGAUGUGAAGCGCGAGAUAAUGUAUGCUUUAACGCAGCUUUUAACGCUCUUUUUAACGCAAACAUGAAUAUGUGGAUACCUACUGAACACGAGAAAUACGGAGUGGUCUUGGCCAGUUUCCGGGGGACGGUGCAGCAUGGCUUACCUCUGGAGAUUGGUGACACCGUGCAAAUCCUGGAAAAAUGUGAAGGCUGGUAUAGAGGAUUUGUCCUAAAGAACCCAAACUCCAAGGGGAUUUUUCCAUGCAGCUAUAUCCAUCUGAAAAAUGCUCAUAUCAAGAACAAGGGCACUAAUGAAGACAGCAGACGACUCCGGGCCAGAUCUGCACUGGAUCUGGGCCGAAGUCGGCAGGUCCGGAACAAAGUCCGGAGCGGAUCCGUUGCUGUCUGUUGCCUACUGCAAUUUGAGAUGGUGGUUCCAACAGAAGACACCGUCAUUACCGAAAUGACGUUCACCCUGAGAGACUGGGGUGCCAUGUGGAAGCAGCUCUUUGUGAGGAACGAAGGAGAUCUGUUUCACAGGCUGUGGCACGUGAUGAAUGAGAUACUGGACCUGAGACGACAGGUUUUGGUUGGUCACCUGACACACGACCGCAUGAGGGACGUCAAGCAGCACAUAACGGCACGCCUGGAUUGGGGCAACGAGCAGUUGGGUUUGGAUCUGGUACCCAGGAAAGAGUUUAGCAUGGUUGACCCAGAUGAAAUCAGCGUUACUGAGCUCUACCAACUGAUGGAGCAUCGACACCGAAAGAAAGAAACUCCAACUCCAGUCAGCACACAUCACCUGUUCGUCCAUUUGAAGAGUCUGAUGAGCUCAAAUCUGGGAGAAGAACUGGAGGUCUUUUUCUUCAUCUACGAUAGCCGAGAGAAUAAACCACUUAGUGAAAGGUUCUUUGUAAAACUCAAUAAAAAUGGUCUGCCCAAGUCUCCUGACAAGUCAGAGAGACAAUGCACACUUUUUGUGGAUCUUGGAAGUGGAGACCUCAGGAAAGACGUGUAUAUUGUGGUACACAUCAUUAGAAUCGGGAGAAUGGGUGCAGGAGAGAAGAAAAACACAUGUAGCGUGCAAUAUCGACGUCCGUACGGCUGUGCAGUGGUCAGCAUCGCUGAUCUCCUCACUGCUGACUCGAAAGAUGACCACCUGCUGAAGGUUUAUGCUUGCAAUACAGAGAGCGAAUGGAGCCAAAUUCACGACAACAUCAUUAAGAAAGUCAACUCUCGAUACAACCUCUCAGGGUCCAACACGGGUCUGGCGGUGGCGCUUCAGUUGCUACAUGGUGACAUCGAACAGUUGAGGAGAGAAUAUAUGGUCCUCUUUACACGAGGAGUAUCCAUCACCAAAAAACUGGGCUUCUCUGAUGUUAUCAUGCCAGGUGAGAUGAGAAAUGACCUCUACAUUACACUGGAAAAGGGCGAAUUUGAAAAGGGCGGGAAGAGUGUGGCAAGAAACGUGGAGGUCACCAUCUAUGCGUUGGAUUCCGAUGGACAGAUUCUCAAGGGCUUCGUAGCCGUGGGCUCAGGCGAGCCGGGCGGUGACGAGUAUCACACCUUCGUGCUUUACCACAACAACAGUCCCCGGUGGGCGGAGCUAAUCAAGUUGCCCAUCCCUGUCGACAUCUUCCGGGGCUCGCACGUCCGUUUUGAGUUCCGCCACUGUUCUACGAAAGACAAAGGAGAAAAAAAGCUUUUUGGAUUCUCGUUCGUCCCUCUCAUGCAGGAGGACGGGCGGACUCUGCCCGACGGCACCCACGAGCUCAUCGUUCACAAGUGUGAGGAAAACGCUAACCUGCAAGACUGUGCUCGCUACCUCAAACUGCCUUUCUCGAAAUCAAAUCUGCCUGGAAACAACCAAACUGCCAAGGGCACUAAGGAGUCUUUCUGGAUCACAUCUUUCCUCUGUUCAACUAAACUCACUCAAAACGGUGAUAUGCUGGAUUUGCUGAAGUGGAGAGCUCACCCGGAGAGAAUCAGUGACAGUCUGUCCAAACUCAAAGAGAUCGAUGGCUCAGAAAUAGUGAAGUUUUUACAGGAUACACUGGAUACGCUUUUCGGCAUCUUGGACGAGAGCUCACAAAAAUAUGCACUGAAGGUGUUUGAAUGUCUGGUGCACAUCAUAAACUUGCUUCAAGAUAGCAAGUUUGAGCAUUUUAAACCAGUCAUGGACACCUAUAUUGAAAGCCACUUUGCUGGAGCCUUGUCAUAUAGGGAUUUAAUAAAGGUGUUGAAGUGGUACGUGGACCGCAUUAUUGAAGCAGACCGCCACGAACACAUCCAACAGGUGUUAAAGGCGACCGAGUACAUUUUCAAGUACAUUAUUCAAUCACGACGGCUCUUUGCGUUGGCCACCGGGGGACAGAACGAGGAAGAGUUUCGAUGCUGCAUGCAUGAGCUUUUCAUGUCCAUUCGCUUCUUCUUAUCGCAGGAGAACAAGGGCUUGCGGCCUAUCACACAAACACAGGCAGUAUUCCUGCAGUCAUUCCCGGCUGUGUACGGGGAGUUGCUCAAGCUCUUUACUGUAAGAGAAGUCGCCACGUUUAUACGAGAGACGUUGGGCAGCCUCCCCACCACAACCCAGUCAGACUGCCCACUGGAGGCUGUCAAACUGCUCUGCAUCGCCAAAACUGUGGAGAGCGAGCUCUAUACCAACAUUGAGUCUCGAUGCAUCCUGUUGCCGGUAGUUCUGCGUUUGUUGCAUGCUUACAUGCAAGAGCAGAAAGACCUCGUCAUGUGUGCUCACAUACUCACCUGCAUGCUGUCUCUCCUCAAGAAGGAUGAUACGGAGUUGUCUCCAUCUGAAGAAGUUGAUCUGAUCGUGGAAAGUGUUUUAGGUGUGCUACUGCAGACCAUACUGGAAAUCACUAACCGACCCCAUCCAGCCGGACCCACGCUACGCCCUCAGGUUCAAGAUGUUACGGGAGAGUUUGUGGCGUGUCUUCUGGCUCUGUUAAGGCAAAUGAAGGAUCGACAUUACCAGCAACUCCUGCAGAGAUUCACCACUAAAGAUGACCUGAGGGAUUUUCUCCUGCAUAUUUUCACUGUAUUUCGGAUUCUGAUAAGGCCAGAGAUGUUCCCCAAAGACUGGACGGUUAUGCGGCUCGUCACCAACAAUAUCAUCAUCACUACUGUGCUUUACCUGUCGGAUGCUUUAAGAAAAAACUUCCUCAAUGACAGUUUUGAAUACAAGGUUUGGGAUUCGUAUUUCUGCCUGUCUGUUAUUUUCAUAAACCAGCCUUGCCUGCAACUAGAGACUUUCUCCGCAUCGAAGAAGAAGAAAAUUUUGGAAAAGUAUGGAGAUAUGCGAGUAAUGAUGGGCUGUGAGAUCUUCAGCAUGUGGCAGAAUUUAGGCGAGCACAAGUUAAACUUCAUCCCUGCCAUGAUUGGUCCCUUCCUGGAGGUAACGCUGGUUCCUCAGCCGGACCUGAGGAAUGUCAUGAUUCCCAUCUUUCAUGACAUGAUGGAUUGGGAACAGCGCAGAAGUGGGAACUUCAAACAGGUGGAGGCAAAACUUAUAGACAAACUUGACAGUCUGAUGUCGGAGGGGAAGGGAGAUGAAACAUACAGGGAACUCUUUAACAGCAUAAUUCCUCUCUUUGGUCCGUAUCCUAGUCUGUUAAAGAAGAUCGAGCGAGAGACAUGGAGAGAGAGCGGGAUAUCCCUUAUAGCCACGGUUACACGACUGAUGGAGAGACUGCUGGACUACAGGGACUGUAUGAAACUUGGGGAAGUAGAUGGGAAGAAGAUUGGCUGUACUGUCAGUCUGUUGAACUUCUACAAAACAGAGCUGAAUAAAGAAGAAAUGUACAUCCGCUACAUUCACAAGCUGUAUGAACUGCACUUGAAAGCCCAAAACUACACAGAGGCCUCAUACACACUUUUGCUUUACGAUGAGCUGCUGGAAUGGUCCGAGAGACCCUUGCGAGAGUUUCUCAGCUAUCCAAUGCAGACUGAAUGGCAGAGGAAGGAACAUCUACAUCUCACCAUCAUCCAGAACUUCGACCGGGGAAAGUGUUGGGAGAAUGGCAUCAUUCUGUGCAGAGAGCUGGCAGACCAGUAUGAAUCCUACUAUGAUUACAGAAAUCUCAGUAAAAUGAGGAUGAAUGAAGCAUCAUUCUACGAUAAAAUAAUGGACCAGCAAAGACUGGAGCCCGAAUUCUUCAGGGUCGGCUUCUACGGGAAAAAGUUCCCAUUUUUUCUCAGGAAUAAAGAGUUUGUGUGUCGCGGUCAUGACUACGAACGUCUGGAGGCGUUUCAGCAGCGCAUGCUUAAUGAGUUCCCGCAUGCCAUCGCCAUGCAGCACGCCAACCAGCCCGACCAGACCAUCUACCAGGCCGAUGCCCAGUACCUUCAGAUCUACGCUGUCACACCGAUCCCAGACAGCCAGGAUGUCCUGCAGCGUGACGGUGUACCCGACAACAUCAAGAGCUUCUAUAAGGUCAACCACAUCUGGAAGUUUCGCUACGAUCGCCCGUUUCACAAAGGCACCAAGGACAAAGAGAACGAGUUUAAGAGCCUGUGGGUGGAGAGGACGACGCUCACGCUUGUUCAGAGUCUUCCCGGCAUCUCACGCUGGUUUGAAGUGGAGAGGAAAGAAUUGGUGGAGGUGAGUCCGCUGGAAAAUGCCAUCGAGGUGAUCGAAAACAAGAACCUUCAGCUGCGGACGUUGAUCACGCAGUGUCAGACGCGUCAGAUGCAGAACAUCAAUCCUCUCACCAUGUGUCUGAACGGAGUCAUCGACGCCGCCGUCAACGGAGGUCUCGCUCGCUAUCAAGAGGCAUUUUUCGCAAAGGACUACAUUACGAAUCACCCAGAGGAUGGAGAUAAGAUCAGCCGUCUCAGAGAUCUCAUGUUCGAGCAGGCUCACAUACUUGAAUUUGGUUUGGCUGUGCAUGAGAAAUUCGUACCUCAGGACAUGAAACCCCUGCACAAGAAACUAGUGGAUCAGUUUCAUCUCAUGAAGUCCAGCCUCGGCAUACAGGAGUUUCCAGCGUACAUGCAGGCCAGCACGAUUCACUUUACUAAUGGAAGCCCUCGUGUCGGGAGACAUUCUGCACCUAACAUCUUGAUUCCAGACGGAGGGGCUCGCGUGGUGGCACGACGCAGCCCCCUCAGCUACCCAGCAGCCAAUCGAUACUCUUCAUCCUCACUUUCAUCCCAGGCGUCCAACGAAGUGAGCAACAUUACGGGCCAGUCGGAGAGCUCGGAUGAAGUCUUCAACAUGCAGCCCAGUCCAUCUACCUCAAGCCUCAGCUCCAAUCACUCCGCUUCUCCCAAUGUGAUCAGCUCGGCCCCGUCCAGUGCCAGAGGUUCACCGCAGCUGUCAGAUAAACACAAGCAUUCCAGAGAGAACUGCCUCUCGCCGAGAGAGAGACCCUGCAGCGCUGUAUAUCCAAACCCACUGGAUCCUACACAGAGACCUGUUCCUCACCCGAUGGGAGAUUCCUCUUUGCCACGCAGUGACCCCAACAUCUCCGCCCCUGAUAAAGUGGUCAAAUCUGCACCGAGUAGCUGGAGUCUAGACACAUCGCUCUCUGACUCUAAUGGAAAGUGUCCACCUGUCCCUCCUAGACCCCCUUAUACAGGAUCUCCUGCCAGGACCACGAGAUCACAGUCCCCUGUAAUGUCAUCGCGUUCACCUCGGAAGAGUUCAGCCCCCUCUUUCACCCCAUCACCCACAGAGUGCCAGUCCACAGGAAUGGUGUCUAAUUCUCCAGUCCUUUCCGGAAGCUACAGCAGUGGCAUUUCGUCCCUCAGUCGCUGUAGCGUCUCCGAGGCCUCAGGCACAGAGAACACGCCGGGAGACCACGCCCUCCCGAACUCCGCCUCCAGCGGCUCCGACGAGCUCUUUCGCCGGGAGAACAAGACCCCGCCUCCUUACAGCAUCCACGACCGAAACAACCCCCGCAGACCAGUGCCGUAUCCGCCAAGCCUGUCGGUUCUCCCCAACGUUGACGCACCGCCCGUUCCCCCGAAACCGCAUCAAAUACGAAAGCCGGAGCUGGAGCCGCGGCGGCCCGAUCAGUUUCCCAGACCCAGACCCAUUCCAAGGAAAGUCUCACAGCUCUAACAAUGCAUUCCAAUGCAAGGUCCCACCAUUUGCACAUUUGAGAACCUUACAAUUCUCAGUAUAGAUAAAUGUAAAAAUAGACUGUGGAUAUUUUUAUUAUAUGGAUACGGGGUAUAACUGCAUUUUAUGCACUUUUCUUAAAUCUUAAUAUACUGGUUCAAAUAACCCUAAUUUCAAUGCUAAUACGUAGACAUUUCUGCCUUAAAAAUGGUCUUUUUAUUAACGAUUUAAAUCACCUUGUACUUUUUAUAGAGACAAAAGGUGCUAGAAGUCCUCUAUAUUAAUGUAACGUUUUUAUGAGGAUUUAAUUUGGUUGCUGACAAAUCGGUAAACUGACAUCUUUGUAUUGACUAAUUUGAGAUGCGAUGUCGUAUCUCCGCCCAUCUGUGUAAUUGACAAGGGUCCACCAACCCAGAAAACAUUGAUGGUUUCUUUGGAGUUUGAAUGCUUUGAAACGCCAUAUGCGAUCAAAAUGAUUCCUAACAAGGGGUUUUCGCAUGGAGCACAAAGUAGUAAUGGAGUUUUGCCAAAGAAACAGGUGGGAUGUGAGCAAAUGGGUGCCCUGAACCGGAAGGUGCUUUAUUAGGAUGCAAAUGGAGUGUUAGACAUCCACUGUAAAGACUAGCGGACCACUUCACGGCACUGUCACCGUAACGCAGCUGGUUGUCUGAAAGACUUCAUUUUUUUUUGGAGCCAAGUGGGGUACAUCUCUGUAUAAGAGCUUGAAAGGUACUUUAUCUGCCUGUUGAGAUUUUUUAAAGCUCCCUUUGCCUGUGUUCUGAUCCAAACUUGAUCGGCACCUUUAUGCUUCACAUACUAAUAAAAAGUACAGAUAAUAAACAUGUACAGUAGGUGGUAGCGCUAUGAAAUAAAUUAAAAUGUUAAGAUAUAUAUAUAUAUUACACAUAUACCUAAACAUCAUCAGUGUGCAUGCACUGCUCAUACAGUAUAGUGUCAAAUCUGCAGAGGCGUUCAUGAAUGUGUGUGCGUCAUGCAUGGUUUGAUUUUUAUUUUAUCGAAUUUUGCCAAGUAAAAAAUCAUGUAUGCAGAGAGAAAAAGCAACUGCACAAUGUCAGUACGGGAUCACCCGAUACAGUACGACGUCCCUGUAUGUUUUAUAUUCUGUAUUGAUCAUCUUUUUAUGAUAAAAAUCAUUACUGUAAAUUAACCUGACGGUUGUAAUUAUAUAUGCCAAAUACAUUAUCUUGUCUAUUGUACAUACUGUGUUUUUAACAGAUCAAGUGUAGCUAUAACAAUUUGAAUGUUCAAACAGAUGAUAAAUGUCAAAUAUUUAUGUUUUUGCAAAUGCGCCUAACACAUUUACAUCCUAAUGAUUCCCUGUCUAAUAAACAUUUUCAACUAUCACA